CGCGAUGGACGGCAGAGUGCAGCUGAUCAAGGCCCUCCUGGCCCUGCCCCUGCGGCCCCAGACGCGUCGGUGGAGGAACCCGAUUCCCUUCCCCGAGACGUUUGACGGCGAUACCGACCGGCUCCCGGAGUUCAUCGUGCAGACGGGCGCCUACAUGUUGGUGGACGAGACCCUGUUCUCCAGCGAUGCCCUGAAGGUGACGUUCCUCAUCACCCGCCUCACGGGGCCGGCGCUGCAGUGGGUGAUCCCCUACAUCAGGAAGGCGAGCCCCCUGCUCAGUGAUUACCGGGGCUUCCUGGCCGAGAUGAAGCGGGUCUUUGGAUGGGUGGAGGACGAGGACUUCUAGGCCGGGAGACCCUCGGGCCUGGGGGCGGGUGCUCGGGGGAGGGUCCGCGCGCCGGUCGCCACCGCCCAGAUCGCCACAGGCGUCCUCGCGCCGCGCCUCCCCCUCCCUUACGUUCCAGUCGCCUUGAUCUCCCCCGCGCUCCUGUCCCCUCCCGCGCGUGCUUGCCUUUGUUCCAGGAAUAGCGCUCCAGGUUCCCGCUGUUGCCGCUGGGCCUCGCUCUGGAGCGCGCCGCCGCCGUCUCCGGCCAGCCCGGCCCCUCUCGUGCACACUUGGACUCUGUCCUGGACUUCAGCUGCGAGCUGGGCUCCCGUUACGCUCUGGACAGACCCCCACGACCCAGCCGUCGCCAUCCUCUCCCUGCCAGGCUACCAGGCAGGCCCGCAUCGAUGUGCCCAGCGACCGGCGCUGCGGUUGCCAUCACCAUCCGCCGCAUCCCACCGACAGACUGCAGCCUCCAGCGACCUGGUCUCAGCCGGGAGUUUCGCCCAGCAUCCAGUUCUCUUCUGAAUUUGCCGCCGUCUCUCUGAUGUGUGCCUUUUGUCCAACACCGUGACCCCUGCACUCUGCCCAGCUCUUCUACACUACCUGGACAAAAGUCUUUCCCUUCUUUUCAAUAAAUGUCAGAUGCUGUUCAAAAAGGAAA